AUGGCAUACCCACAAGCUGAACCGGUGGCCAUUAUCGGGAGUGCUUGUCGCUUUCCUGGCGCCAAUAGUCCCGAGGAGCUCUGGAAUUUACUUCUCAGACCUCGCGAUCUCAGCAAGAAGAUUCCUGAAGACCGAUUCAGUGCUGCGGGCUUUUGGAAUGCAGUUGGAUCGCAUCAUGGUACUUCUAAUGUAACGCAUUCAUAUUUCUUGGAGGGUGAUUCGCGACGGUUUGAUGCAAACUUCUUCAAUAUCAAUCCCCGGGAAGCAGCAUCAAUCGACCCUCAACACCGCUUGCUAUUAGAAACCGUCUAUGAAGCGUUGGAGUCCGCCGGCCUCUCGUUGGAGGCAAUGUGCGGCACCAAUACCGGGGUCUAUGCAGGCUUGAUGUGCGCCGACUAUCUGGAUUUACAGCUGCGGGAUCCAGAUACUAUAGCACAAUACCAUGCAACGGGUACAGCCCGCAGCAUCUUAAGCAAUCGGGUAUCUUACUUUUUCGACUGGAAGGGCCCUUCGAUGACUAUCGACACGGCCUGCUCCUCGAGUCUGGUGGCUGUACACUUGGCCGUGCAGGCACUUCGGCAUAGCGAGUGCUCAACAGCUAUUGCUGCCGGAGCAAACUUGAUUUUGGGACCGGAGAUGUAUAUCGCGGAGUCAAAUCUACACAUGCUAUCCCCAACAGGCACAUCUCAAAUGUGGGAUGCCGAUGCUAAUGGCUACGCACGGGGCGAAGGGAUUGGAGUGGUAGUACUGAAGCGGUUGGGAGAUGCCUUACGCGCAGGAGAUCCGAUUGAAUGCGUGAUUCGAGAGACUGCGGUCAACUCCGAUGGACGGACAAAUGGAAUAACAAUGCCCUUGGCCACAAGUCAAUCGUCAUUGAUCCAAGAAACCUACCGCAAAGCAGGACUGAAUCCACUCAGUGAGCUUGACCGGCAUGUACCCUCAUUCCCUAGACCAGGCAGCCUCAACCUUGCUAACCUGUCUCUCAGAUGCCAAUUCUUUGAGGCUCACGGCACAGGAACCCCAGUGGGAGAUCCCCUAGAAGCGGAGGCUAUCAAAUGUGCUUUCUUUCCCGAUCAACAUCCUGCAUGCGCAGAACCACCAAGGCAUCUAUUGAAUGUCGGCUCCGUUAAGACUGUCAUUGGCCACACGGAGGGCGCCGCCGGGAUAGCGGGUCUUCUUAAAGCCUCGCUGGCACUUCAGAAUGGUGUUGUUCCUCCGAAUCUGCAUUUCAACCGUCUGAAUCCUAAGAUUGCUCCAUUUUAUGCAAACUUGCAUGUUCCGACGGUGCCUCUGUCGUGGCCUAAAGUUGAGGUGGCCCGCGCCUCAGUCAAUAGCUUUGGAUUUGGUGGAACCAAUGCACAUUGUUUAAGCUCAUACACGGCACCCAGCCACAGCAUUGGACAGGGGGCACAUGCUCAACUCGCAAGAGUUACUGCUGGUGUCCCUCGUGUGCUUGGUAUCUUUACCGGCCAGGGCGCGCAGUGGCCAACUAUGGGUCGCAAUCUCAUUCUUCGGUCGCCAGUCUUUGCUGCCACUAUUGAACGUCUGGAUAUCGUGCUUGGACGGGUUCCAAACCCGCCAGACUGGUGUCUCCGCGACGAAUUGCUUGCAGAUGCGGGUUCAUCGCGUUGCUCUGAUUCUGAAUUCUCUCAGCCUCUUUGUACGGCAGUUCAGAUUGCCUUGGUUGACUUACUUCACAGUGUGGGUGUUCGGUUCAACGUGGUUGUGGGACAUAGCAGUGGGGAAAUUGCUGCCGCCUAUACCGUGGGAUGUCUCUCAGCUGAGGAGGCGAUUACAGUGGCUUACUACCGCGGGUACUACUCGCACCGAGCCUCUUCAACAACUGGGGCUAAGCUCUCAAUGAUGGCCGCUGGAAUCGGGUUUGCGGAAGCCCUGCGCAUGUGUGACCGUGCUGAGUAUAAAGGAAAGAUUUUCCCCGCAGCCAGCAAUGCGCCAUUCUCAACCACAAUCAGUGGUGACGAAAAGUCACUUCAUCAAGCUCUGUCGGAAUUGGCCAGUCAGGAGAGGUUUGCACGCAUGCUACGGGUCGACAAAGCGUAUCAUACGCCUUAUAUGCGUCCCUGCGCACUGCCCUACUUGAAUUCCUUGCAUCAAUCCAACGUUCAGGGUCGGAUUGGGGAUCCUUCAUGCACAUGGAUAUCUUCAGUACAUGGCUUUGAGAUGGAUAUGAGCUCUGACCCGGUGAACAGUGACUACUGGGUAGAAAACCUUCUCCAGCCUGUCCUUUUCUCUGAAGCCCUGGGCCAAGCUAUUCGAGAUCAUGGCCCCUUCUCACUUGCUCUAGAGGUCGGUCCGCAUCCUGCUUUGAAGGGGCCGACCGGACAGAACUUCAAGGCCUUGGGUCACAAUGAGAUUCCUUAUCACGGCUCACUCACUAGAGGUGAAGAUGACACACUCGCUCUCGGCCAGUGUCUGGCUAGUGUGUGGGCAGCACUCGGCCCCUCUGCGGUCAACCUGUCCAAACUGGCAUCUUCCUUGGGCGGCGAGGCUGCCUCUCGACCGCUCAGGAUCAUGAAGUCUCUGCCCACAUACCCGUGGGAUCACGAAACAAUACACUGGAGGGAGUCUCGCCGGUCAAAACAGUACUGUAGCCGUCCGGCUCCCCACGAGCUGCUUGGUGCAUGCACCGAACGGUCCGAAGGCCAAAUCUGCUGGCGCAACAUAUUCCAUGUCCAUGAAAUCUCGUGGCUGCGGGAUCACAAAGUGCACGGGGAAGUUGUCUUCCCCGCCGCGGGUUACUGUGUGAUGGCCAUAGAAGCGGCAAUGGCAUUUUUGACCCAACCGAUUCGUCUCAUUGAGCUACAGCAGCUUGUUAUCCACCGGGGAGUCCGUAUCGAAGAUAAUUCCAUUGGCACCGAGAUGAUUUCCACUCUGUCACUGGCCCCUACAGGGAACGAUAGCAGGUCCUCUCCAGACCUGUCCACUGCCGCCUUUAAUUUCUCUCUCACCGCGGGAAAGGCAGAUGGUACGGAGCAAUUCAGCAUUCGAUUUGAAACUAAGAUCUCGGUCACAUUGGGCAAUCCCCAUAUCGCCACGCUCCCUGCGUCCCAGCGAAACUCAGCAGAGUGGCCCGCUGCCGAUGUUGACAGGUUCUAUCUGUCCAUGCAGGAGAUUGGUUUGGAGUAUACUGGCGUCUUCCGCUCAAUGACGAGCUGUGAACGCAGGUGGAAGCAAGCUUCCGCUCGUAUAGCACCGAUCCCCAGCUCCAUGAUCAUACACCCGGGAUUCCUGGAUACCACUUUUCAAACGCUCUUUAUAGGAAUGGCAGCGCCAGGGGAUGAGAGCCUUCGGACUACUUAUCUGCCAACGAAGAUACAGUCUAUCCGGGUCAAUCCCGCAAUAUUGGAAGAUGGUAGUCCUGUUGAGAUGCCAUAUCAUAUUGACACAACUAUUACAGACCUUCAUUGCCCAACUCAGGAAAGUCAGGCAUCCUUCACUGGAGACGUUGACGUGUACAGUGAUGGAAACUGCGUAAUUCAGGUCGAAGGGCUCGCAUGCGUGGCCCUUGGGUCGCUGACAAAGGCUGACGACCGCAACAUGUUCCACACGACCACCUGGGAGCUAGAUAUUCUAUGCGGAAUGUCGGCAUCCCGGGUGUCUCCUGAGUCAGAGUAUCUUGCGUUACUGGAGGAGUACGAGAGCAUAGCCCGUCAGUACGUUGAAGGACGGUGCGUCUCCAGUUCCACGUUGUCCAGCCCGACGUCGCCUGGUGAACAAUUGAUAGAAUCACUGCAUGCGGGAAGAAACAACCAUCAUACCAAUGGGAUCGAAAACCGGUCUCACUCACGAGACUAUUGGCAGUCAGGCGUUGGCCCUCAACGCAUCCGCAAAUAUCUAGCGCAGACUGCCAAGCAGAUCGCCCAUAAACACCCUCGGAUGACAAUCAUGCAACUGAUUCACGUCAGUGAUGAUGAGGGAUCCGCUGUUCGGAUGAUACUCGAUUCAUUGGAAGAUUCUUUCGCGUCGUAUGUGGUUACAGGCCUGUCCGAAGAUGUGUUGAGGCAUGCGCAGGCCUGCGUAGCCAACCCCGAUGAGCGGGUGCGAUUCGACGUCUUCGAUAUAUUCCAGCGCAGUCUCAAUGGAGACAGUGAACAGGGCUUUGACCUCGUGAUUGCGAACUUUGGUCAGUCACCUGAAUCAGACAAGGCUCACCAGGUGCUGAAUAGUGUCCGACAAUUAUUGAGACCGGGCGGAUAUGUCCUCCUUCAAGCUGUUACUGGAACGGGUCUAUUUCCCGGCCUGAUCCUUGAUAACCUUGUGGGGCAUAGCUCGGGGCCGAUGGCUAGGAAUGAGGCAACGUGGGAGAAGACGCUGAGAAAUCUCGGAUAUUCUGGCAUUCAAUCAAUAGUAUAUGAUUCAGGAAUGGCCCACCCUCACUGCCAUUCCCUGAUCCUGUCGCAAGCCGUGACGCCCUCCUUGAGCCAGAUCCUACGACCAUCAAUCGCACUCGACUCGCUUUCUUCGGAAGAAAAGAUACUAAUAAUUGGUGGCGAGACAGCACUCGGUUCGCGUGUAGUACGCGAGCUUCAACCUCUUCUUAGGUCAUGGAAGAACUCUAUACUCAUUCUUCCUUCUUUAACUGAUAUUGCUUCCUUCGACUCGCAUGUUGCGAAACAUGUCUUAUGUCUGGCCGACUUUGAAGCUCCCAUCUUUCGAGACUUCAGCCCCUUACACUUCGAUGCCCUUCAGAAGCUGUUUCAACAGCCCCGGAACGUAUUUUUGGUGACAAGGGGUUUCAAGCAAGGUGAUCCCUAUAGCUCCAUGACUGUUGGACUUGCCCGCGUUCUCCGUACUGAGCUGCCUUCAUCGAAUGUGGUCCUGUUGGAUGUGGAUCGAGACGACAAUCUGGAUACCGCCCAGCUUGCCACACUGUUUGGCCAAUUCAUAAGCGGAAUUCAGCUACAGUCAGACGACACGCAGACCCUUUUAAAGCAAGAGCUAGAGAUGGCACUGGAAAACGGCGGUCUUUACAUCCCUCGAAUCAAGCAUGCAAAAGAUAUGAAUGAACGAUUUAAUUCCGCGUUUCGACAAAUCCCGGCGACUCAUCAACCUCAGCUCACUGCACAGCUCAACGUCCCAUUCGAGAAGCCAGUACCUAUUCGAGUCCUUUGCCGCUCUUCCAGUGCCUUGAUGGUUGACGACGAUGCAUCUUACUUUCUCUGCUUGGGGAAGGCGCGGUUGGGCAACUUGGAGCAGUUUGUACUCGCGUUUACACCCUCUGCGGAUGAUCUGGUCUUCCUUGAGGAACCGUCUCUUCUCCAAUGCAAUAUUGAUAAAGGUAUGGCCCCAAAAGUACUACCUGCAGUAAUCGGUUUCUAUAUUUCCGCGCGCAUACAAAAAUUUGCCUCAAGUGGCAGAACUGUUAUCUUCACCAACGAACCCUUGUUGGCCCGAGCUCUCGUUUCGACUGUGGAGGAAACAAAGCACAUAUCUAUAACCCUCGCUACUUCGAACCUAUCGAUCGCACUGUGGCACGAAUCUAUAGCCUACUGGCAUCCAUACACUGCCACACGGAACAUCAAGCAUCUUCUUCCACCUGACAUAGAUCUCUUCAUCAACCUAGAAAACGAGCCAAACUCACUGUGCGAUCGUGUCCUCAAUGCACUGUCGUCAAAAUGUACCAUACGCGGAAGAGAACAUUUCUUCUCUGCGCAUGCAAGGCAACCUCAAAGUGGGUUAAGCAGAAGCUACAAAGAGUACUUGCAAUUUCUAUGGAGUCAGUACAACGUACACGCAAACUCUCUACCACCCGCGACUGAAAUCGAGUCACUCGGGGCCACCGAAGUUUGUGCAAUCGAGCAGUAUCGAUCGGAGACGCUAGUUCGACGCCUAGAUGCCCGAGCAUUCUUCCGCGAUGAUGCCACAUACUUCUUGGUCGGCAUGACAGGUGAACUGGGUCACUCCUUGGCGCGUUGGAUGGUCGCGCACGGGGUGCGCUACCUCGCAAUCGCCAGUCGAUCCCCCAAACCUGCGAGAUGGUAUCAAGGGCUUGAGGCGCAGGGGUGUCAAGUAUUGGUCCUGAGCCUCGAUGUCUGUGACCGUGAAGAUUUGCAGCGCGUUCAUGCGCAGAUUCAUCGAGCGAUGCCACCAAUCGCCGGCAUUGUGAACGGAGCCAUGGUGCUCGCCGAUGGUGCGUUCGUGAACAUGUCCUACGAAGAUUUUGUUCGGGUCUUGGAACCAAAAGUGAAGGGGACAGAGAACCUGGAUCAGCUAUACAGUCAGCCAGGCUUGGACUUCUUCAUUCUCUUGUCUAGUACUGCCACCCUGAUUGGCAAUUCGGGACAAAGUAACUACUCAGUAGCCAAUAUGUAUAUGCAAGGGGUUGCAAGGCGACGACAGCAGCGGGGACUGGCGGGGUCGUGUGUUGAUAUUGGCAUGGUCCUGGGUCUCGGUGUGGUGACUCGUAACGUGACUCAUGAGAAGACCCUACGCAAGGCUGGUCUGCUCGCGAUUUCGGAGACGGACUUCCACUGCAUCUUCGCAGAAGCUAUGCGCGUAGGAUGGGAAGGUGUCAUGGACUCACCAUGUUUCUCAACUGGCCUGCAUGUUCCCCCGGGGCAAUCGAGGCCGCAGUGGUACGAUGACCCGCGAUUUGCGCACUUUCAUGUAAUGGAAGAUCUGCAUUCGAAGUCGCAGCACCGAGCAAGAACUCAACUCCUCCAAGAUCGCCUCAGAAACCCUGUCGAAAUGGCCGUUGCCGAAUCUUGGAUUCAGGAAGCGUUCAUUACAAUGCUGCAAAAACUUCUGCAGUUGCCUUGUCCAAUCACCAAUAUCACGCAACCCUUGACCCAGUUGGGAAUUGAUUCCUUACUCAGCACAGAGAUCAAAGGGUGGUUUUAUAAGGAGCUGAAUUUUCACGUUUCGGUUCUGAAGCUUCUGGGAGGUAUUUCUAUCAUCGAAAUAUGUCGAGAAGCAACGGAAUGUUUUUUCCAGGCCGAGUCCUCAUACAUGAACGCGAGCUAUGAGCCAGAGGCUGUAGUAACCAACCCAGCGCGUAAUAGUGAGCAGAUUCAGGAGGAGACAGAAUCUUAUGCCGAUCAAAGUGAAAGUUCUAGCUCGGAUCAGGGGACGUCUCGGGCGAGUCAAUUCACACCUGCCAGUACCCUAGAUUUCACCCCUCAGGCAGUGGAUGACCCCCAGAGCUCGAGUACACUCUCUUUGAGAAACCUGCUCCCAUUGUCUGUGGAGCAGGAAAAGAUGUACUUCAUGCUGGCCACCGUGGAUGAUCCGACCAUGUAUAAUUGCACCAUCCAGUACGAGCUGCAUGGCGAUCUGGAUAUGGAACGCUUUAAAAUCGCGGUCAUUCACGUCGCGCAGAGGCAUGAAUCACUCCGAACAGCGUUUGUCACUCAAGCUGCCGAUGGCAUGCCUCGGCGAGCAAUUUUAGAAAGUUCGCAAAUCGGCUGGUGGGAGCGGACUAGCGGUGAUCCUCUGGAAGCAUCCCUUGAGAUUUCCCGGGUCCACAGUCACGAGUACGACCUGGCCAAAGGGCAGAGUAUGGUAAUCUCUAUUUUACACACCAGUCUUCAGCAUCAUAUCAUGACAUUUGGCUACCACCAUCUAAUCAUGGACGGAGUCAGUUGGCAACUAUUACUACGCGAAUUUGCUGCCGCCUAUCAAGAUCCGGAUCUGCUGGCCCCCGUCAUCUCGCAGUACAGUGCAUUCUGUGACGAAGCACUUAUGAGAGCCGCUUCAAGGAACGACGCCCUUGAACGUUCAAGGCUUCUUGAAACAGCAUCGCCUCUUCCUUUAUUCCCUUUUGCCCGGGUGAGCUUCCGCCAGGUUCACACCUGCUAUGAGACGAUUCAGGUGAGUUCACAGCUGGAUGCAGGCACAUCUGCCAAAGUCAAAGCUGUGAGCUCCCGUGCUGGUGCUACAUCCUUCCAUUUUCAUGUCGCUGCCAUUCAAUUGUUAAUACAGAAAGUUCUCGAUAUCGACAAGUUUAUAAUGGGGAUAACCAAUGCCAACCGAGACAACCCUCGCUUCGAAAAGGUAAUUGGACAUAUGGUUGAGGUUGUGCCUUUGCGCUGUGAGCCACAGAGCAGUUGUACGUUCACAGACCUGCUGCAGGAUACUCGAGCUCGAGUCUUAGCAGCACUGGCUUCUCCCAGCGCAUCACAAAAGCCAACGUCCGCUGAGCAGAUGCACACCACGGAAUGCAAUGUGGCAGUGAACUAUAUCGCCAAAUUCACCCAGGAUAUCCGUUUUGACCAAUCCACUCUAAGAUAUUUGACCUCACAGCUCGCUCGACAACCCUAUGACUUGGUAUUCACGAUCCGUGAGAAUGAAGAUGGAACAAUGCUACUCAACUUUGAAGCCCAAGAGUAUCUCUAUUAUGAGAAAGACAUUCGUAUUUUAAUGUCGCUGUACGCACAGCUGGCUGAGGCCUUUUCCAUGGGGACAGACUCUCGUCUCGAGUCCUAUGAAUGCAUUGCAGCUUCUGGGAUGCCUUCUCUUCAUCUGCAACAAGGGCCCGUGUUGGACCAUCCUUGGUCGGGAUGCCUGACCAAGCGCAUCAGGAAAACGAUAACUACAUACCCGGCGGAUCUAGCCAUCAAAGAUGGCUCCGGGAUGCGUCUUACGUAUGAGACCAUGCACUCCCGAAGUCUCUCAAUCAUGCAAAUUCUGCUGGAAGCAGGGGUCAGCUUUGGUACGCCAGUAGCAGUAGCCUGUGGACCUUCGGUGGAUACCGUGUGCACCCUCCUGGCUAUUUGGUGGAUUGGUGCAAUUUAUAUGCCGGUGGAUUUGAUGCAGGGGCAUCAGCGCCUAGCUCAUAUCAUCGACGCCAGCCGACCCGCGGCCAUUGUGUGCAAGGGUCCACUCGGUCAGCUCGAAACCUCGCAUAUCGCCCCGGUCAUUCAACUCCCCCAGGUCCUCCAACCCACCACUCUUGGCCAUCAGGACUAUGCAGAUGAAAACUCGCCAGCCGCCUUGCUCCACACUAGUGGUUCGACUGGGGUGCCCAAGGGUGUUCUUCUAAGCCAUCGGAAUCUUCGAUGCCACUUCAAUGCCACGGAGCAAGCAUUCCCGAUUGGCCGGCAAGUGGUUUUACAACAUAGUUCGCAUAGCUUUGAUGCCGGGCUUUUCCAAAUUCUGUUGGCCCUCCUGCACGGUGGGACAUUGGUCAUCACCAACAACCUUAAAGAGCCCGGUCAGCUAGCUGAACUCAUGCUUCGCGAACAUGUUUCCGUGGUCACAGCAGUACCCUCUGAAUAUGCCCUCUGGAUUGGCGAGGCUGGUGAAUUGCUGAGCGAGCUUGGCUCCUGGCGAUUUGCAUUCUGCGUUGGAGAGAAGCUGAGCAGGGCCACCAUUCAGGCGUUUGUUAGCCUUGGGCUUCCGGACCUGACCUUGAUUAACGCAUACGGCCCAUGUGAGACAACUAUGGCUUGCACAAUGGGGGUGAUAGAUUACGAACGCGUCGAUGGGGAUUCCCAGAGUGUCUCUAUCGGGGAACCGCUGUCAUCAUAUGGGAUUGCGAUUCUAAAUCCGCAGUUAAAGUCCGUUCCACAAGGGUGGCCGGGUGAGAUUUGCAUUGCCGGUGCUGCCGUUGCUCUCGGGUAUUUGGACGUUAAGGACGAAGAGGGUCGCUUCGUCGAACUAGAUGGCGUUCGACUUUAUCGGACUGGAGACCGUGGCCGACUGCGAGAGGAUGGAUCACUCGAAUACCUUGGGAGAGUUGAUGGAGAUUCGCAAUUAAAACUGCGAGGUAUUCGAUUGGAAUUGGACGAGAUUUCCAAUGCUCUCCUCCAAGCGUCGGCGGGGGCAUUGGUCGACGCAGCAACCAUUGCCAAGGGUGAUCCAGAUGACCUAUAUCUGGUCAGCUUCGUAGUUCUAUCUCGCGCAGUAGAGAUAGAGGAUAACAUUGACCUUUUUAUUAAGCAGUUACUAGAUACUGUGGCGCUACCUCCACACGCAAAACCGGCCCUAGUCAGUAUCGUGACUAGGAUUCCUCUGACUUCGAGUGGCAAGGUGGACAGAAAAGCCCUAGGUCGGCUUCUCGUCGGUCAAUCCGGGUCUCCGUCGGAACAGCCAGUGCUCGAGAUUAUCGAACAGAAGCUGCUAGAGAUGUGGAAAGAGUAUCUGCCCUCAACUGGGCUACCAAUCACUCGAGAAACUAGUUUCUUCGAGCUGGGGGGCAAUUCACUACGGCUUUUAAAGCUUCAGGCACGAAUCCGGCGCGUGACCGGUAUCAGCAUACCGAUCACUGAGUUGUUCCAGUCGUCCACAUUGGGGGAAAUGGCUCGGUUGGCUGGAACGGUGGUCACCAGGAUCAGAGCCUCCUCGAAAGCGAUUGACUGGGACUCUGAGACAGCAAUUCCUGACUACCUGGAUCAGAUCAAGCCUCUUCCCACGCAGCCAAAUGGAGCUGUUCGGGAGGUGCUUCUGACGGGUGCCACAGGAUAUUACGGAAGGGCAAUUUUGGAGGCGUUGGUAGAGAUUCCGUCUGUGGCUCGCAUUCAUUGCAUUGCCAUACGGCCUGCUCCCGACGGUUCCCCGCGUCAAGAACUGCCCGUCAAGUCCUCGAAGAUUUGUCUCUACAGUGGCGAUCUAUCGGACCCAACAUGUGGGCUCAAUGCUGUGGAUAUCGACAAACUGACACGCACCGUGGACUGUGUCAUUCACAAUGGGGCAGAUGUUUCCUUCGUCAAACCCUAUGCUGCUCUACGAAAGGCUAAUGUCCUGUCAACCAAGUACUUGUUCUCUCUCUGUCUCGCGUGCCGCAUCCCUUUUCAUUAUAUUUCCACGGCCAGUGUGACCAGCCUUUCGGAGCGUGAUACGUUUUCCGCCGCAUCAGUGGCGGGAUUUCCCCCGCCAUCAUUCAACAAUGAUGGUCACAACCCGUUGGUGUCGGGCUACGUAGCUAGCAAAUGGGCCAGCGAGGUAUUCCUCGAGCGAGCCUGUGCCCGGUUCUCGGAUCUCAUGCCAGAUGUGCACAUCUAUCGUCCCACUAGUAUCACCACCGCCAGCAGCCCCCAUGAAUCACCGUCCGAUGCUUCUGCGGGGAAUACGAAUAUCAUCGGCGCAAUCUUGGAUGUGAGUCGAUUCCUGCACGCAGUGCCUGAUACUCGAGAUUGGAGAGGUUAUAUCGACCUGAUCAGUUUGAACGGUGCUGUCGAAUCCUUAGUCCGGAACAUCACCACCACUCGUUCCACGGCCUUACCGUCAGCUCUCAAUGAGAAAUCGAAGGAGAAUGACGGCUUCUCUUGCCAAAUUCGCUACAUGAAUGUCUGCGGUGAGACACGCUUCAAGGCUAGUGAGCUCAGGGAAUUCAUGGAAGCGUCCGAUCAAGCAGCUUAUCUACAACUACCAUGGGGAGUUUGGCUGGAGAAGGCCCGGGCAGGCGAGGUGAUUGAUGCUGGGGUUGCUGAUUUUCUAGGUGAGUGGGAAGCUGCUACUGCUGCCGACUACUGGAAAACAUCGCCCUCUUCUGCGCGGUCUCCAUUCUUGCUACCUUGGUUGGAGUAA